UUACAUGAUACCUUUCGUAUACAUUGGUCUUGGCACGUACAUUGUCGUGAAGUCCGAUUGCUAUCCAUGGACUAUUCAGCAGAUCGUUGAUUCGACCACCCCGGGCUCUGGUCGAGGAAUCAUGGCUGGUAUCACUAUUUUCUUACUGCUGGCGUGUACAUGCUUCAUGACGUCGCACACGUUGUCAAAGAUAAAGACGCAUUCCAUUACUGAGGUUGAGCUAUCUUUUCCAGAGAACGCUUCUGUCCCUUCUGACACGAUGGACCAUGGAACCAAUAUGGGGAGUUGAC